AGUGAUAAACCAUAGCAUUAUGAGGUAACUAUGGAUAAACGGGCUAAGAAACCUCGCUUGUCAGCUGCAGUAAGGGCCAUUGUUUUGGGGGUAGUACCUCAUUCGGAAGACAUUAAUAACAAACAAUAUUAUUGGAAUCAGGUUCCGAAAGGGGUUUUUAAAUCUAUACGGUACCGUACCGGUACUCAUGGAAUUCUACAGGGGCCUGAUGACUGGGUGCUGGUGGCAAAUUCAUACAUGAACAGAAAAAGAGAUCAACUUAAAAAGUGCAGAAAAUUGAUUAUUAAAAGUAUCAAGUCAAUCAAUUCGAGAGGCUGUGGAUCAGAUCAAGCAAUCCUGGCAAUGACAAAGAGGAAAGCUGACAGCACAUCAACUCUAGGUGCUGGCAGGUGACAGGUAAGAAGAGAGCAUGAAUUUUUUAAAUUUAAAUUUAAAGAUGUCAUAAGUGGAGUCACGUAGACUGAGGGGAAUACUGUUCCAAAUUAGUACACCUUUGUAUUUUAGGGAAUUUUGUGUUAAGCCUAGGGAAAAACGUGGUACAAAAAGAUUAGACUUAGUCGAGGAGCGGGUAUUGUGCUCAUGUACAUUACUAAGACUUAGAAAAUAAUUGUCAAAAGCUGCGGGUAGAUUAUUGUUGUGGUAUUGGUGCAUAAUCUUGGAGACCUCUAAUUUGUAGAUGUCUGACAAUUUUAGCAC